AUGGCGGCGAUUGUCGAGGACAGCCUGGAUUCUCUGCUGACAGGGGAUCUUUCUGAUUUUACACAGCAAAGAGCUGCUAUCCUCGAGCCGGCCUACAAGUCUUAUCUCCUAUCCACAGAUUUUCGUGAAGAUUCACCCCGUCCCUCUUCGACAUACCUGCUUCCAUCAUCCGAGGUUGUUGUCUUGAUUUCGCGCUGCCCUGAGACUGAAACUGCAACCGACCUGCACAUCACCAAACUAUCAGACACCUUUGCGGACAACUUCAUAGGAUACUGCCCCGAAGAGAAAUGUGUGGUGUUCAAGGGUGAAAGAGGGUUGAUAGACGACUUCAUAGACUUCACCGAGUCAGUCGCAGGUGAAAAGGAAGUCACGGUGAUCCUGAAGGCCCCAGAACAAAUUCGACUACCUCUUGGCGGUCUAGAACAUGGCCUCAAGUAUGAGGAAUUUGUGGCUCGUGUUGAAGUUCUCGAGUGCGCUCUAUGGAUUGGAAACUCGCCGAGCGAACAGGAAGAAGGCGGAAUCCGUUUCACCAACCUUGCUACAGACCCUAAGCUUCCCGAGCCAGUCACAUCCAAACGAGUGCCAACACCUGACUAUGUCCACGUCACAGAUGACAACAGUCUCAGUCUUGAAGGGCUGUCAAACAUAAACUCAACCAACAUCAGGAGCCCAAUGACGGGUGCCUCAUCCCCUUUGUCCGAUCCUCCACCAUCUCCUUUGAUUCACACUCCGUCAUCUCCUCUAUCUGACCCUCCCUCUGAUAUCGAUGAAAUUUCAUUGCACAACUGGGACGACCUACAUGCGUUGUCGUCUUCUUCGUCUGAGGGUGGCGAGACCCCUCCCUCACUCCGGGAGUGGGAAUAAAAGUCGCUAUCAAGCUCGGUUGGAACGAAACACAAAGGCUUCUGACUCGAUAAUGGAAUGAGAUGAGAACGAUUUCGCAUGUAAAAAAAAAAAAAAACAGCUACGGUGGGAGGGCCAGCUUGGAGGGUGCUACUUCUCGAUGACAGUAACAGCUUGUCAGUGGAGUUUCUUCAAGCUGCUUUAAUAUCCAGAAAAUAUGACCAAAAGGAGCAAACCGCACGACUAGUUUAAGGUCUCAAAUUAUCAUCCACUCACUUCACCUCGUAGCAUUGCAAAGAAGAAAAUUGAAGUGAAAGCAAUUAAGCUCUAUGUUCAUUCAUGUGUAGUGUAGUGUA